AUGGGUCACUUCCUUCUUCGAGGAUGGAUCCUCGCCGCAUUGCUUGUGCAAACAAGUCUUGCUGAGCCAGUUGUGUCGCCCACUCCUUCUGUGACACCCCAUGGACAUCAUCAUCACCAUCAUUGGACUUAUAGUUCAAGGCCAUUACCGAGUCGCAAGCCUUGCAGCGCUCGCGUAUCAUCAUCUGUUGCCGCUUCCAGCGCAACCACCACGCCAUCUGCUAUUGUCGUAUCGUCGUCUAGUUCAGUGACUUCACCCAUUAGCUCUGCCACUCCUUCAGCACACGCUCACCACCACCACCACCACCACCACCACUGGACGUACAGUUCAAGGCCAUUGCCCAGUCGCAAAUCUUGCAGCGCUCGUCCUUCAUCAUCUGUUCCUUAUUCUAGGGCCACUCCAUCGUCGUCAGCUAUAACUGUGUCGUCAUCUAGUACACCGUAUUCACUGCCUGCUCUGACGACGCCCCCAAUUGCCUCUUCCACUCCUUUGUCGAGAAGACCGAUUCACACUUCUCAUUCGCAUUCGCAUUCUCACCAUCAUCCAUGGAGCUAUAGCUCCAGAUCGCUGCCUCAUCGCAGUAGCUAUUGCUCGGCUUCUUCUUCUGUGGCUUUCUCAGCCUCAGCCCCUACUUCAACGCCUCUUCACCAGACGUCAGUUGUGACUUCUGUGUCUAGCCCACUUCAAACUACAGCAACUGAACCCGGACUUCCUGCUCAAUCAAGCGAUUUGGCCCCUUCAUCUUCUGUUCCCACCGCGGGUGCCCCAUCUGAGUCAAGCUCUGAUCAGUCGGGUUCUUUGCCAAGCACUACAGUUGCCUCUGGAACCUCAGUACAGUUGACUACAUCAACCGUUCUCUCUACUCGUACAGCUACUAUCACAGCUUGCCCGUCAUCGAUCCCUAACUGCCCAGUGGCAUCCAAGACUACUUUCACAACCACCGAAACUGUGGUUGUUUCGACGACAGUCUGCCCGGUGACAGAGGCUCAGACCACAUCUACCCUUGCAGCCGGCCAAGCUCCUACCAAGUCUGGUGAGCUCGGAUCUAUUACCUCUACAGUGUUCACUACCCGCACAGCUACUAUCACUGCCUGCCCUACCUCCGUCACUGAUUGCCCUGCGAGAUCAAAGACGACUUUCGUUACAACAGAGACAAUUGUACUCUCCACUACAAUCUGUCCGAUCACUGAGGCUGCCGCUACCCAGACUGCUUCUGCUUCUACUCAAGGUUCUGGUGAACAUGGAAGUGGUGUCCCAGAGUCAACUAUCUCAACUAUCUGGAGCACCCGGACUUCGACUGUCACUGCUUGCCCGUCAUCUGUGACCAACUGCCCACUGCGUUCUCAGACGACCUAUGUGACUACCGAGACCGUCGCCGUUGGAACGACUGUAUAUGCACUAUCCGCAGUCACGGAUUUACCUGCGACCGUCACUACCGAAGUAUCAUCUGGCUCUGGCUCUUCCGACAAGAAGGGUGGCCAGGGCCCUGCCUCAGGUGCAGAGGAAGUAUACACUGCUCUCUAUACUGUCUCGUCAUGUGCCAGUAAGACCUGUGCCGAGUAUGUCAGCACCAUUCUGGUAACUCAGACUGGCGUCGCUCAACCCACUAUCUACGGCUCCGGUGCUGCAGGCAAUCGUACUGCUUCUGCUUUUGCUUCUAUCUCCUCAGUACACGUGCUGCCCCAGAGUACUAAGUAUGGUGGAGCUCGCACAUCUGCGUCUGCCUCUAGUACCAGCAGUGCAGCGUACGCUACGUACACCGGAGCUGCAUCUACAAUUUCACAUUGGUCUAUGAUGCAGAUCAUCGGUGUGGCGAUGCCAAUCCUAGCUGCAAUUUUUGCUUAA